UCUCUCUCUCUCUCUCUUUCUCUCUCUCUCUCUCUCUCUCUUUCUCUCUUCCCCCUUGUCUCCCUUUCUCAUGCGCGCACCAUCUAUCCUUCUCACUCCUUCUUUCUCUCUCUCUUUCUGUCUGUCUAUCUUUCUCUCUUAACCAAACUGCCGACACACUGCAGCGCGAUCUAUCGGGAACGCGCCACCAACAAUCAUGGCCGCGAUUCUCUCUAUCACGAGACUCAAUAGAGUACGUAUCGUGUAUUCUCCGAAUUAUCAACUCCUCAUUGGUCCGACGAUUCUUUUUUCGACCAAUCAACGUUCAUCUAUCGCUCCCCCUUCUCGAAUCAUUUUGUAAUAUACUUAGUGUACAUUUGUUUCGAAGGAAUAUUGUUAUAUCGUACGAAAGCAAAUGGAAAAAGUAAUAUUUAAUAGAAUAAUAUAUAUGUAUAUAUGAACGUGGAUGUAUAGGAAUAAUCGAAUAGCAGACGUUUCUGGAAAUUAAACGAUUCUAUGUAACACGAUGAUGUGAUUCGCGGAAGGAUACAAGAUUCUCUCAUUUGAUUCGUCGACGAAUUGAACGGUACCAUCAAGUACUACGCUGAUUAUUGAUUGGUCGAAUCGUAACUUACGAUGUUCAACAAAAUUUUAUAAUUCAUGUUUCUGUUCGUUUAUAUUUCGUAUUAAGAAUUUUUAUCAAUGUUUAUGAUACCGUAUACGUGUACAAAAUAAAAAAAUUAAUUAAUCGUAAUAUUUGAUAUUUAUUUCAUCGUAGAAAUGUAUUUUUUACCUUGUACUAUUCUAUAAGUACGAUUAAUGCGAACCAAUCAGUGAUCGUACUCUUUUAAAGAGCACAAGUUUAUCAAAUGUGUUCCAGAGAGCGGGUCACCUGCAUGUUACACAUACAAAAUUAAGGAAGACGCACAACAAGAUGAUUAAGAUUUUCGUCUAAUCCGAUAAGUGAAAUAAUAAAAAUAUAUAAACGCGAUAAUAAUAUAUUAGAAAAUGGGAAAGCUAGAAAAAGAUAUCGCAUUAUUAAAUCGUAAUAAUAAGAAAAAAAUCGGUGAAUACAAGAAACAAGAGAUAAAGCCAAAGAGAAAGAAACGCAAGAAGGAUCUUGAAAAGUUGCAUCGAAAUGCUUUGGAAGCGUCAAAAGAUUCGUUAAUCGGGAUUUACAGAAACGGAGCAAAAGGCAAAGAAGUAAGAAAAGGUAAAUUACCUCCGAGUAAAUUUUAUAAAGCACGAGUACAAGGAGAAGUUGCGAAAUUUUUAGAUCAAGACACAUCGGAAAGAUCCGAAGAUGUACUCGAACUCUCACCUAAUACCGUACGAGUCAAUUGUAGUAAAAAAGAAAAACUGUUCGAAAGAAUCGUCUCAUCGGACGAAGAAAUACAAUGUCAAAAAAGAAUUUCGAAAAGUCAGUUGACAGGUUCGAGAAAAUUUUCAUGGUCCGCGAUGUAUCGGUACGAAGAAUUCUGUGCGAUUAUUUGUUCGGAAAAUUUCGACGAUCACGAUACGAUGAUCCUUCCAGAUUUGCCAGAUCCAAUUCUAAAAGUUAAGGAAAAUCUUAAACAUAUGCAUACGGAUGCUAUGAGACAACAUUUUUCACGACCGGACGUUAAUAUUAACGAUUAUUUUGAUGAUUUAAAAAAUGAAAAUACGUUGAAAUCUUCGAUCGAUGAAAACGAUAGUAAAAACGUUUCGAACAUACAAUCAGAAUCUUAUAUAUCUUCUGAUCAUUCGGAAUCAUUAACAGCGGACGUUGUUGAGGAUUCGCAUUUUGAAAUGUCGCCAAAAUUUAGUCGCGAAGUCGAAGAUAAAAUGCAAUCAAAUAAUAUUCUAUUUUCUGUACCGAAAAAACCGUCUAAAGAAAUUAAGAAGAUAAAUGUUGAUCAUUUAUCUAAUUUCCAUUUGCCAUCUGAACUGUUUGAUCGACCUAUUUCUACGGUUACUUCUUCAACGGAUGAUGAAAAUAAAAAAGAAAUCAAUUGUCAAAGAUGUGCGAAACGUAAUCUCAAUAAUGUCAAACGUAAUAUGAAGUUUGGAGGUGACGAUGAAUUUCUAGUUAAAAAUAAUAAAAAGUAUAUAUAUAGACACACGGAAAAUACCGAUACGAAAGAUACAGAGGAUAGAGAAGACGAUAAUUUGAUGUUUAUCAGCAAAUCUCCUAAAGCAAAUAUACCGGGAGAUCAUUGUAUAGAGACACAAAAAUUCAUUGAAGAUUUUGUAAAAGAUCGUACAAGAAGACACAGGAUACGGGAAUCUAACAAUAUACAUGAGGAAGAUGUAUGUACGAAUCUAAAUGAUCGUGCAAUGGCAUGGAAAGCUACUAAAAAUUUGAAACACGUACCAGCAAUUCUUCGAAGAUCCGUUUGUGAACCUACAAAUAUAACCGACCUUACUCAUCUUUUGAAUGGUAAACGUAACGGCGCAUAUUUUAAAGAACCAUCGAAAAGAAAUGUUGACUUCAACCUAAACAUUUGUUCAUCGUUAUCUUCGAAUGAUAAUUCGAUAAUUAAAACUCAAUUUGUUAAGACAAAUAAAUGUCUUGAGAGUCGACGUUGUACAAUGCCAUUAAAAAAACAAUCUUCUAUGCAUCAGACGGUAGACUUUUGUAUACCCGUUGAAAUGAAUAUAAAAAAAAAUAAGAAUAAAUCGAAUCUGAAUAAAGAUGUGAAAAAAUCUACGCAACUUCGCAAAUCACAUAAAUCCGUGACAUUUUCAGAAGGUAUAUUACUCAACGACGAUGGAUCGAUGCAAUCGCGUUAUUCUCAAAAUCACGAUGCUACGCAACCUACGAGUGUUCAUCGAACAACAGAUACCAACCAUUCUAAACAUUGUCAAAUUUUAAGACAGGAAAUACAAAACGAUAAUCAAUCUCUAUUAUUGAAGUCGACGAAACCUGAUCGCAUAUACCAGCCCGAAGUAACAUUUAUAAACCCGUCACAAUGCGACAAAUACACUACGACACAAAAUUGUCAAGAUAACAAUGAGAGUAAACCUAUUUAUUUUCAAAUUAUAAAUCAAUCGAUGAAACCGUGUACCGAACAAAAAAUAUUUAAUCAAGGAUUAAUAUCAAAACCUAAUAAUUUAACGGCGUAUGAACAAACGUUAUCUAGUCAAUCUAUGAUACAACAAUCUACUGUUCCUGUUACGUCGCAGAAUGUUCAAUUUAUGUUCCGUGAAAAUGAUCCACACGUCUAUGCUUUUAGCGAACUACAGAAUCUUAAAUUAUUAACAUUAAACGAGUCUCAAAACAUGUAUGUCAGUUCCCUAAAUUCUGUACACGAACAAAAACGAGGUAAUGAGUGUGCAAUAAUCCCAAAUGUUGAUCAACCAACGAAAUACUUGGCCAUUGAAAAAGAUCUAAACACACAGAGAAUCCCGAUUUAUUUUCAUAAUAACGAUAAAUCUAUUAGUCAACAAUAUAUGCCUUGCAAAGUAAUUACGGCUGUAGAGAAGCAAAAUAACGAUAAAGUGUUCUUCCACGAACCUACCUCACAAGUUAUACUUUUACAGGGAAAUCAUUUAAAUGAUAGAAAUCGUCAAUUUGUUGAUUAAAAUAAUAGACAUCUUGUCGGAAAUAAGGGAACUUAUUUAAAAGAUUAGUGCUGUAUAUAUUGAAAUACUUCGAAUCUCGAUAAAUAUUAUUAAUUUUGUUUAAAAGAAAUAUUUAAAAUACAAAAAGAAAAAAAUUUGGUUUAUAUUAUAAGAUGAGAUUACUCAAACGACAAAAAAAACAAAAAACAAAAAAAAAAUAACAAAAAUGUAUUUAAAAAUACUUGAUUGCAUGAGGCACUUAUACGAAAUUACAUCAAUUAUUACUAUUUACAUAUCAAAUUCUAUAAUAAUCGAUCAAAGUACAUUUCUGCACCAUUUUUUUGAUACUUUUUUAUCGAUUCUUAUAUAAGUACAAAAACAACAAAAAAUCGAACAUUUUCUUCUUA